AUGAAUUCUGAUGCAACUUCUCAAAGUGUGCAAUCAAAUGAUCUUGAAGACAUUAAUAUAUGGUUUGAGGUUACUGGUGGUAAAAAUAAGAAGGGCCGCUUGUAUGGGUUAGGAUCUGAGGGUAAAGACAUUGGCUCUUCCUCUCAUGUGUCUUCUUCUUCUAUCAACAACACAGGACUCCAUCCAGAAUUUGAGUCCGAAUUGCAAAAUAGGGUACAAGAGCUUAGGCAACAGAAUCAAGAGAUUAUGCAACAGAAUCGGGAGAUUCGCCAAGAGAAUCAAGAGAUUUGCCAGGAGAAUCAAAAUCUUAAAGAUACAAUCUUGUCCAGGCUCAAGGAACUUGAGAACAAAAUAUCCUGGCCAUCUGACCAAGAUAGUGCAGGAAAUGACUGUUGA